CAACCCCACCUCGACGAACCGUAUGCAGCCAUGCUCUCCGUCCGCGUCCCGCUCGCCACCAUCGCUGACCCGCAGCAGCAGCAUCCCCUCCAGCUCUUACCUAUGAAGGGGCUCAGCCUGGCGGACAAGGAGAACACUCCCCCGUCCCUCAGCGGGACCCGCGUGCUGGCCAGCAAGACCGCGAGGAGGAUCUUCCAGGAGCCCGCCGAGCCGAACCCUAAGUUAUCUGCCCCCAGUGUGGAGGAUGAACCACUUCUGAAAGAAAACCCCCGCCGCUUUGUCAUCUUUCCUAUCGAAUACCAUGAUAUUUGGCAGAUGUAUAAGAAAGCUGAGGCUUCCUUUUGGACAGCUGAGGAGGUGGACCUUUCCAAGGACUUUCAGCACUGGGAAGCCCUGAAGCCUGAGGAGAGAGAUUUCAUUUCGCAUGUUCUGGCUUUCUUUGCAGCAAGUGAUGGCAUAGUAAAUGAAAACUUGGUGGAGCGGUUUAGCCAAGAAGUUCAGAUUACGGAAGCCCGUCGUUUCUAUGGCUUCCAAAUUGCCAUGGAAAACAUCCAUUCUGAAAUGUAUAGUCUCCUCAUUGACACUUACAUUAAAGAUCCCAAAGAAAGGGAAUUUCUCUUCAACGCCAUUGAGACAAUGCCUUGUGUAAAGAAGAAGGCAGAUUGGGCCUUGUGCUGGAUCGGGGACAAAGAGGCUACGUAUGGAGAACGUGUCUUAGCCUUUGCCGCAGUGGAAGGAAUCUUCUUUUCUGGUUCUUUUGCAUCGAUAUUCUGGCUCAAAAAACGAGGACUGAUGCCCGGCCUCACAUUUUCCAAUGAACUUAUUAGCAGAGACGAGGGUUUACACUGUGACUUUGCCUGCCUGAUGUUCAAACACCUGCUACACAAACCUUCGGAGCAGAGAGUCAAAGAAAUAAUCGUUAAUGCAGUUAGGAUAGAACAGGAGUUCCUCACGGAGGCCCUGCCAGUGAAGCUCAUUGGGAUGAAUUGCGCUUUGAUGAAACAGUACAUCGAAUUCGUGGCAGACAGACUUAUGCUGGAGCUGGGUUUUAGCAAGGUUUUCAGAGUAGAAAAUCCAUUUGACUUUAUGGAGAAUAUUUCACUGGAAGGGAAGACUAACUUCUUUAAGAGAGUAGGCGAGUAUCAGAGGAUGGGAGUGAUGUCCAGUCUGACAGAGAAUUCCUUUACCUUGGAUGCUGACUUCUAAGUGAACUGAAGAUGUGCUCUUAUUUUGCUGAUUUUUCUUUUUUUCCUUCUCAUCAAAAG